UGAAGCCUAAUUUAGUGACAUAACACACUUGUAUGAAAGCAACCUGUUUUUUUUUCUUCUAAUUAAAUGUUUUUAAAAUAGACAAUUGACUGCUAUCUGCGGUUAGCAUUGUUAGCUCAUCUAAUGGAGAAACAGAAAAGAUUGAGAGCGAUGUUGGCCGUGGUCGUGGCGGUGGUCAAAAGCCGGCCUGCGGGCGUGAGCAGUCACCAUCACGUGGAAGCUUUGGCAAGCAGCCUGCAACGCCAAGAGGGGAGGAUGAGGAGCCAAGCUGACAUGCUGAACAUAAUCACCAUGACGACAGCAGGCAGCUCCUCUGACACGGCAGAACUCCUCCCGUUGGCUUUUCUGUCCAAUCAGCCCAAAGAUCCUGAGCGAGGGGCGGCGAGUAUUCCUCACGUACACUUUCUGCAGUCACUGUGCACGUUACGCCGAGUGGGCAGUGGUCCAGACUCGCUGUGGCUUGGUCCAGGCGAGAGUGCGGACACGCUUUUGCUGGACACGCUGUGUGUGCUCAUGGACUCUGUGGUGUCGGCGUUUAGGGACCGCCGCACAGCCAAAGAAGGCGAGCUCGCCCUAAAGGCGUGUCGGGCAUGGACACAAGCAUUGGAUUGGUUCUUCUGUCAGAACGCACCGUGUGGUGACUUGAUAACGCGCAUGCACUCGUCUUUGAAGGAGCUGACCGCCAUCUUAAUGCAUGCCAACCAGCGCCAAACUAAUGUAGAGUUGCUGACGGCCUGCUUGGUGACAUUGACAAACAGUCGCAUGUCAAAGUCCUUCUUGGUUGGCCACUUCCUGUGUGAGGUCAACAUGCUGGCUGACAGGCUGUGGAACGCCAUGCAGGACGACUCUCCUCUUGACGUGUUUCCUGUGGAUAAUUACCAGAACUUGAGUCACAUUUUAUGGAUCCUGGAGGAGCAUCUGCAGAACAGUGAGGUGGCGUGGCCAGAGGAGGAGUGGUCUGAGUGGGUGGACCGCCUCCUUCACUUGGAACAACGAAUGUUUGCUCUUUCUGAGGAGUUUCCUCUGUUUGCCAUAAUAGUGUGGAGGAUUGUGGCGCUCCUGAAGUGAGUGUUUUUAUUUUACAUUCAUGUCAGAAGCAAACAUUAAAUAUAAAAUCAUCUUCA